AUGCACUGGAAGCAGUGUCUGCCCAUUUUAUAUGGAAUAAAAGGUAACUGUGUCAAACACAAGCUUCCCUUUUAUGUGCUGGUGGACACUGGCAGCAGCAACCUGGCUAUAGCAGGGGCUCCACAUGAAGAACUGGACAAAUUUUUUGCAUGGCAAAACUCAUCUACCUAUGUGGAUCUAGAAAGGGAUGUUAAGGUUAUAUAUACUCAAAGCAGUUGGACUGGUCACUUGGGACGUGAUUUGGCACAGUUUCCCAGUGUGCCUUGCACGGAGAAUUUAAUGACUGACAUGGCACUUAUUACCACAUCGGAGAACUUUUAUGUUAACAACUCAAACUGGCAGGGGAUUUUGGGGCUGGCAUUCUCAGCAUUAGCUCAGCCUCAAGGAGUAGUUGUUCCUUGGUUUGAUGGACUUGUUACUCAGAACCAGAACCUUACUGCUAAUGUUUUUACUCUUGAGCUGUGUGGACCAUCUAUGAAGGAGGGUGCAUAUCACCACUUUGGACGAUUCUUUAUUGGUAAGUUAGGUAUCCCCAUUAGAGGAUGCUGUGUGGUUUGCUUUAUUUUUAUUUUUUUUUAGAUUCCAUAUCACAUU